UUCUAGUAUCCAUGGCCAAAUCUUCAACUCUCCUCCUAUGUCUCUCUGUUUUUAUCUUCAUCAUCUCCCAAUCUGCCUUGGCUCAAACAUGUUCCAACUACAAAUUCUCCACCAACACUCUCUUUGAGUCUUGUAACGACCUCCCUGUUCUUGAUUCCUUCCUCCACUACACUUAUGAUUCCUCUUCCGGCAACCUCCAAGUCGCUUAUCGCCACAAAAAUCUCUCCCCCGGGAAAUGGGUCGCAUGGGCCGUUAACCCCACAGCCACCGGUAUGGUUGGAGCUCAAGCCAUUGUGGCUUAUCCACAAUCAGACGGCACUGUUAGGGCUUUCACUUCACCUAUCAGCGGCUACCAGACGAGUCUACAAGAAGGUGACCUGAGUUUCAACGUCUCAGAGUUAUCAGCCACUUACCAAAACAACGAGAUGAUCAUCUUCGCAACUCUGAGUCUUCCACUUACAAACGGUGGAAACAUUAAUAUUGUGUGGCAAGAUGGGUCUCUUUCAGGGAACAGUCUCCUGCCUCACCCAACUUCUGGCAAUAACAUCCGCUCUGUUUCCACAAUUAACGUCAUCUCCGGUACAUCUGCAUCCACCUCAGGAGGAGGAGCAGGAGAUUCCAAGCUUAAAAAACGCAACAUACAUGGGAUAUUGAACGCAGUGAGCUGGGGAAUAAUGAUGCCAAUAGGAGCAAUCAUUGCUCGAUACUUAAGAGUCUCAAAAUCAGCAGGCCCUGCUUGGUUCUACCUUCACGUUUCCUGCCAAGCUUCUGCUUAUAUCAUUGGUGUUGCUGGGUGGGCUACAGGUCUCAAACUUGGCAGCGAAUCAGAAGGGAUUCAGUUCAGCACUCACCGUGCCAUCGGUAUCACUCUCUUCUGCCUUGCAACAGUUCAGGUGUUUGCUAUGUUCUUAAGACCCAAACCAGACCACAAGUACAGAUUCUACUGGAACAUCUACCACCACACCGUCGGCUAUACCAUUAUCAUCCUCGCAAUAGUGAACAUUUUCAAAGGGUUGGACAUCUUGAGCCCUGAGAAGCAGUGGAGAAACACUUACACAGCUAUAAUCGUAACGCUGGGUCUAGUGGCGGCAGUGCUGGAAGGCUUUACUUGGUUUGUAGUUAUAAAAAGAGGGAAAGCAGAGGAAUCUGCCAAGACAUCUCAGCUUGGAAACGGUGAUAGGUCUCAGUAUGCUUAGAGAAGUAGUUGAUGUAUUAAGAGUAUAGAGUGAAAUUUUCUGGUUAUUUAUCAGCUUUCAGUUGGGAUUUCAUAUAUGUAUUGUAUUACCUAGAUUGAAUUAAUAUAUUUGAUGUUUAAUAGUUGUUGAGG